GGUAGCUUUCGAUAUCUUUAGACAUUAAUAACAGACAGUAGUAGAUUUCUAUAUUUACCCUAAAUAUCUAUUAUAAACUUUGUUCUUCCUUUGAAGGAUCCUUGGAGUGUCAGUUGAGGGUCUAAAUGUAUUGGACAAUUUGAAGAAGAUGGCCUUUUGUGCAAAAAUGAGAAAUUCGAAGAAGUUAGAAGUAGAUAUAGCAGCCAAAGAUGGACUAGAAGUCCACUUUUACUUGCCCGACAAGACAGCGAUCUACUAUCCCCAGGGAGAAUUUACUGCUGAGAAUUUGUGCAUUGCAGCUGCUUUACACUGCAAUAUAUCUCCCCUUUGCCACAAUCUGUUUGCUCUAUAUAAUGAGAGAGACCAAAUCUGGUAUUCACCGAACCAUAUCUUCAAAAUAGACUCUAAUGUUUCACUGAACCUUAAUUAUCGCAUGAGGUUCAUUUUUACAAACUGGCAUGGGACAAAUGAAAAUGAGGCAUCUGUUUGGAGACAUUAUCCUAAAAAAAGAGAUGGUUAUGAUAAAAAGCAAAACCAGGAAGGCACCCCUCUUCUUGAUGCCAGCUCGCUGGAUUACCUAUUUGCACAGGGUCAGUAUGAAUUGGUGAAAUGCCUAGCUCCAGUCAGGGAGCCAAAAAAUGAUCAAGAGGUUCAUGAAAUAGAGAAUGAGUGUCUGGGAAUGGCAGUUUUGGCAAUUUCUCAUUAUGCCAUGAAAAGGAAUAUACAGCUUCAUGAUCUUCCCAAGGACAUCGGAUACAAGAAAUAUAUUCCAGAAAUGCUGAACAGAACCAUCAAACAAAGGAAUUUCCUAACCCGAAUGCGGAUAAACAAUGUUUUUAAGAAUUUUCUCAAGGAAUUUAACAGUAAAACCCUUUGUGACAGUAGCGUUUCUCCGCAUGAACUAAAGGUGAAAUACUUAUCAACCAUGGAGACAUUAACCACGAAUUAUGGUGCAGAAAUCUUUGAGACAAAUCACCUGAUUAUCAAAUCUGAGAAUGAACAGAAUGGUUUCAAUAACGGUGAUUAUGACAGUAUGCAUCAUUAUGAAGUCUCUGUCACUGGAAACUCAGGAAUAAAUUGGAGACGGAAGCCAACAUGUACCGCAUCAGAAAAAGACAGGAAAAUAAAGUGGAAAAAAACAGAAAGCAAAAGUAAGAACUCAGACAAAAAGGGGAAAUCAAAAGAUGAGUGGCACUGCUUCUCGUAUUUUCCUGAAAUCACACACAUUGUCAUAAAGGAGGAUACAGUCAUAAUUAAUAAUCAGGACAACAAGAGCAUGGAGCUGAAGCUUUCCACGCCAGAAGAGGCACUCUCCUUCGCUGCACUCAUUGAUGGAUACUUCCGUCUCACAGCAGAUGCACAUCAUUACCUCUGCAGUGAUGUUGCUCCACCUUUGAUAGUAAAUAACAUUAAAAAUGGAUGCCAUGGACCAAUAUGCACAGAAUAUGCAAUAAACAAAUUACGGCAAGAAGGAAGUGAUGAGGGAAUGUAUGUCUUGAGAUGGAGCUGUACAGAUUUUAACAAUAUACUUAUGACGGUGGCAUGCAGUAAAAUGUCACAGUAUGAUUCCAAAUGCUUGAAACAGUACAAAAACUUUCAGAUUGAAGUUAAAAAAGGGAGAUACUCUUUACUUGGUCCUGAUCUAGAAUUUGACUCACUGAAAGAUCUGAUGAAGCAUUUGAAAGGGCAAGUGCUCAAGACAGAUGAUGUCAGCUUUACAUUAAAAAAAUGCUCUCCACCAAAACCAAGAGAAAUCUCGAACUUGUUGGUCGCAACAAAAAAAGCAUUAGAGUGGCAACCAGUCUACCACCUGAGUCAGCUGAGUUUCCAUAGAAUACUGAAAGAAGAAAUCACACAACUGGAACAUUUGGGUAGAGGAACUAGGACCCAAAUCUAUGCUGGAAAACUUAACUACAAAGAUGACAAUGAUAGUGAGAGCUAUUCUACAGAAAAGGAGAUAAAAGUCAUACUAAAAGUGCUGCAUCCAAGUCAUAGAGACAUCUCUUUGGCAUUUUUUGAGACUGCAAGUAUGAUGAGGCAGGUUUCACACAAGCACAUUGUAUUGCUUCACGGUGUAUGUGUCAGAGAUGUCGAAAAUAUAAUGGUUGAGGAAUUUGUGGACUUUGGCCCCCUUGAUCUGUUCAUGCAUCGUAAAAGUGAUGUUCUGACAACACCAUGGAAAUUUAAAGUUGCCAAGCAACUCGCUAGUGCCCUAAGCUACUUGGAAGAUAAAGAUUUAGUGCAUGGAAACGUCUGCACUAAAAAUAUUUUACUGGCCAGAGAAGGAAUUGACAAUGAUUGUGGUCCGUUCAUAAAGCUCAGUGAUCCUGGAAUCCCGAUUACUGUGUUAACAAGACAAGAGCGGGUAGAGCGGAUUCCAUGGAUUGCUCCUGAAUGUGUUGAGGAUUCCAGAGUAUUAAGUGUUGCUGCUGACAAGUGGAGCUUUGGAACCACAUUAUGGGAAAUCUGUUUUAAUGGAGAAGUGCCUCUCAAAGACCGGACCCUAGCCGAGAAAGAAAGAUUUUAUGGAGGGUGCUUCAUGUUAGUGGCACCUUCAUGCAAAGAGUUAGCAGAUUUAAUAAAUCACUGCAUGAAUUAUGACCCCAACAGAAGACCAUUUUUUAGAGCAAUCAUGAGAGAAAUUAACAAGCUGGAAGAGCAAAAUCCAGACAUUGUCUCUGAAAAAUCACCAUCUGCAGAAGUGGACCCAACUUUAUUUGAGAAGAGAUUCUUGAAGAGAGUAAGAGAUCUAGGAGAGGGCCAUUUUGGAAAAGUUGAACUAUGUAGGUAUGACCCAGAAGGCGACAACACUGGGGAACUGGUUGCUGUGAAAUCGCUAAAGCCCGGCACAGGGGGCAGUCACAUUGCUGAUCUGAAAAAGGAAAUUGAAAUCCUGAGGAAUCUGUAUCAUGAGAACAUUGUGAAAUACAAAGGAAUUUGUGAAGAUGGAGACAGUGGAAUUAAACUUAUAAUGGAAUAUCUCCCAUCAGGGAGUCUAAAGGAAUACCUUCCAAGAAAUGUGAACAAAAUCAAUCUGAAACAGCAGCUGAAAUAUGCAACACAAAUAUGCAAGGGAAUGGACUAUUUGGGUUCACGUCAGUAUGUCCAUCGGGAUUUGGCAGCAAGGAAUGUUCUUGUUGAAAAUGAACAAAUAAUCAAAAUUGGAGAUUUUGGUUUAACCAAGGCUAUUCAAACCGAUAAGGAAUAUUAUACUGUCAAAGAUGACCUGGACAGUCCUGUAUUCUGGUACGCUCCAGAAUGUUUGCUGCACUGCAAGUUUUACAUUGCCUCUGAUGUCUGGUCAUUUGGAGUAACCUUGUACGAACUGCUGACAUACUGCAAUUCAGAAUACAGCCCAAUGACGAUGUUUUUGAAAAUGAUUGGCCCAACACAAGGACAGAUGACUGUUACAAGACUUGUACGUGUGUUGGAAGAAGGAAAGCGCUUGCCAAUCCCAGCAAACUGCCCAAAGCAGGUGUACCAGCUCAUGACCAAAUGCUGGGAGCAAAAUCCAAGUGACCGCACCACUUUUCAGGACCUAAUUAAAGGCUUUGAAGCGAUUAUAAUUACUUUGUAGUCAUAUUCUACACACUGGUGAAAGGACGAUCCUCACUCAGACUUUAGAACUGUCUUGAUGCUGCUCCUGUGGAUGCAGAUUUUUGUUUUUCACUCUUCUGUUUGUGAUAUAUGUCUUCUACCUUUCUACAACUAGAUAGGAAAUAAGAAAAGCUUCCCUUGUGAAUUAUACCUCUGGGGCUUGACCAAGCAAAGCUGGGAGCAGGUUAAAUGGGAUGUUCACUUUAAAGUUAACUGUUAGUAUUCAUUUUUUUUACUUGUGGUUUUUGAGUUAUUUAGCUUUUAAUUUAGCAGCUCUCCAGUUUGUAAUUUUAGCCAUCUGGUUGCUAGAGCCCAAAUUACCAUAGCAACCAUGCAUUGAUUUGAAUAAGAGACUGGAAUAUGAAUAGGAGAGGGACUAAAUAAAAAGAGGAGUAAUAAAAAGUAACAAUAACAAUACAUUUAUAGCCUUAAAGAGUAUUUGUUUUUAGAUUUGAUUUGAAAGCUGGAAAGAGUCAGAAGAAUAAAGCAAUUCAUUCAAAAACUAUAAACAAUGAAGAUCAAUAGAAAAGUUGCUUAGAAGGGGCCUUUCUAUAACAUACUAAAAGUUAACUUGAAGGUGAACCACCCCUUUAAGGAAGAUACGGACACCUGGAGAAAUGAAAUCAGUGUAACAGAACUGUAACUCUCCCCAGACUUGGGCAGCAUGCCAGAUGCAUACAGAGAGGCUUUAUAUGUGAAAUUCUCUCCUAAAACAUGCUGUAUUCAUACCUUCAGUUUUAACAUACCAAAUAAAUAGAAAUAUGUAUAUAUAUAUAUAUAUAAAUACACACACAGCUCAUGAGAACUAUUCUUGCUCAUUGCAGAAACACUUGCAGGAUAUAGAUUUUGCAGGCAAAUUAACCAUUUGAUUUCCUUAAGGAAGUGCUUUUGCUUAUUGUGCUGGAUACUUUGUUGACCUUACAUAGAAUCAGUUUUCCUGCAGUUAAUUCCGAUGUCAUUAUUUCACUCAUAUCAGCAAUUUGGAUUCAUGGAACUAAUUGGUAACAGGGAUGAUGGAUUGUAAACAAUGGUGAGUGUUAGACUGGGAACUACACGCAGAACAAACCACUUGUUUUUGCUGAUAGUUCAACCUAUGCACCUUUAUACCCAGAUAAUGCAGAGUUGCACUUAAAAUCACAUGAUACCUUUGGAUCACCCGCUGCCAACUGUCAGUCCUUAUCCCGAGUUUGAGAUAUGAAGCCAUUCCCUUAGCAUUUUGGCAAGCUCUUUCUAAAAUAUAACUCAAACAUCUUGGGUAGCAAAUAUCUAACAUUUUCACAAUAAAACAGAAAUGCAUUUUAACACAAAUUGUAGUUCUGUUAAUGAAAUGUGAUUUUGGCUCUUAAUAGCACUGACAAAUUCCUGUUUUGAUUUUUUUUUUUCUUAUGUUGUUUGUUGGAGCCAAACAAAAUGCAAUAAUAACAAUCAGUCUGACGCCCCUUCCGCUCAGCUGCAGCAGGGAUCAAUGUUAUAAAACUGCUUCAAUAUCAGACAUAGAUUUUGUUUUCAUGGGGCUCCUGUUCCAUAUAAAUAGUUUCCCCUCAUGUAGAGGUAUGUACUGUGCCAUGGCUCAUAUUUUAAUAAAGAGUUUGAAUUAUA